AAAAAAGCGGCGCCCCGGGAGCGGCUCGAAACGCAGGGACGGGAUCGGCCGCCGCCGCUGUGUCAGAUCAGGGGAGAGCGAACGUUACCUAUGUCUCUCCCUAUGACGUCGUGAGAGAGCGAGGGAGUGUUUGGAGGAAAAAAGAGGGAUGUAAGGAGGGAGGGGAUCGCCGUUUAGUCGUGCACAGAAGGAACGUCUAUAUUUACUGUAUUUUUCUAUUUAGGCUCUACAUAAGAAAUAUAGUAACAAUAUUCGAUUUGAUUCCGUUCUGGGAAACCGAGGAAUACUGUAAUAAUAAUGAGCGUAUUGCUUAGGUGUAUUGCUACAAUCGCUGGUCAUACAUAAGCACAAUUUGGCCAAAUACAGGGUAUUUAUUUUUUUCCACGAGUCGAACUCGACGGAUAUUGAUAUUUCGAACUGGCAUCUUAAGUAUCAGUAAGUACGAACGAUCCGGUCGUGUAGACCGCACUGAAGUAAUUAUUAUUUUAUAGCAACUUUAAUAGUCUUUAUAAAAAUCGGUGUGAUCGGUUGUUUAAUUUUGUUGUCGGGUUCGGCCAUCCGCGUAUGUUCGCUUAAAUGCUACUGUAAAAACGAGCAAUAUAUUAUACCGAAGCACAGUUGUAGCUGAUAUGCACACGAUAAUAACACGGCCAGUUAUAACGUUACCUUAUUUCGUUUUCUAAGCACAGGACUAUCCAGUUUAAUGUUUCUAACUAAUAUCUGAUUUUUUUUUACCUUCACAGUCUUUUAAAAUUGCGUUCUGAUAUAUUAGGUGCGCGUCAUUUAAAUGUUUUUUUUCUAUCGAGUUAUUAAUAUUUAAGACAUUUUUGUAACGACAUUGGAUUACAUUUGUAUAAUUUUAUAGUCGUGGCUUUUGGCGGAAAUCCCAGCUGGUAUUUAAUCUAUGCUCGAAUGUUUCGUUUUAGCUGCAUUUUGACUUUAAACACUUAAACGCGAGUGCGGAGACGCGGUUUCUCUCGGUCCGCCGUCUUGUGUCUAUAAGUAGCUCGCUUUUCCUUCUAAUUGACCAUUUCCCCAACUCAACACGGACAAGUGACUGAAUGGUGCCAUAGAGCAAUGGCUCGGGCGCUGAUCACCUUAGCCUCCUUCCUUCUACCAUCUCUCACUGUGGCUGUACAUAAUUCGACGACUGGAGGCUGUGCUAUAAUUCGCCCUCCCCGAGAUGGAGGUAUUCGCUACAGAGGGCUGACCCAAGAGCAGAUCCGCAGUGUUCAAAUCCUCCCAGUGGAUUAUGAGAUCGAGUACAUCUGUCGGGGCAACCGGGUGAUCGUCGGCCCCAAGGUCAGGAAGUGCCUCCCCAACGGCACCUGGACGGACAUGACGCUGUGGAGCAAAUGCUUGCUACUGUGCCCCCGCGUAUGGGCCUCCUUGGAGAAUGGGCAGGUCGUGGCGCGGCCCCCCGGGCCCCCAGUAGAGGGCACUGUACUGCACUACAACUGCCUGACGGGCUUCCGUCUGGUGGGGAGGAAUUCCACCCUCUGCACCAAGCUGGGCAAGUGGGACUCUCCCAAACCAGUCUGCCACUAUGAUCGACAUUACACAGGCAAGAAGAAGCUGUAUAUCGGCGCUUUGUUCCCGAUGAGCGGCGGUUGGCCUGGCGGACAGGCGUGUCUCCCAUCAGCUCAGAUGGCUUUAGAGUUGGUCAAUAAAAGAACUGAUAUUUUACCGGACUACGAACUGGAGAUGAUUUAUUACGACAGUAUGUGUGAUCCAGGUGAGGCUACCAAGCUUCUCUACGACCUGCUCUACACAGAGCCCAUCAAGAUAGUGCUGAUGCCUGGCUGUAGCUCCGUGUCCACGCUGGUUGCAGAGGCGGCUCGGAUGUGGAAUCUCAUAGUGCUGUCCUACGGCUCCAGCUCCCCGGCCCUGUCCAACCGCCAGCGCUUCCCCACCUUCUUCCGCACGCACCCCUCUGCCACGCUGCACAAUCCCACCCGCGUGCAGCUCUUCCAGAAGUGGAAGUGGACCAAGAUCGCCACCAUCCAGCAGACCACUGAGGUCUUCACAUCGACUCUCGAUGACCUGGAGCAGAGGGUGAAAGAGGCUGGAAUAGAGAUCAGCGUCCGGCAGAGUUUCCUCACCGAUCCGGCCGUGGCUGUCAAAAACCUGAAGCGCCAAGAUGCCCGAAUCAUUGUCGGCCUUUUCUAUGAGACCGAAGCCAGAAAAGUUUUCUGCGAGGUUUUUAAAGAAAAGCUGUACGGGAAGAAAUACGUGUGGUUCCUGAUUGGUUGGUACGCGGACAACUGGUUCAAGAUUAAGGAUCCGUCCAUCGACUGCACGGUGGAGAACAUGACGGAGGCCGUGGAGGGACACGUCACCACGGAGAUCGUCAUGCUGAACCCGGAGACCGUCCGCGGUGCAUCCAACCUGACGUCUCAAGAAUUCCUGGAGCAGCUAAUGUUUCGGCUGGGGGGGAAGAACCCCGAGGAGACAGGGGGCUUCCAGGAGGCGCCCCUGGCCUACGACGCAGUGUGGGCCCUGGCUUUGGCCCUCAAUAAGACCGUGGGGCCCCUGAGGGAGAAAGGCAGACGACUGGAGGACUUCAACUACAACAACCAGGACAUUACUGCCGAGAUCUAUAGGGCUCUAAACACCAGCUUCUUUGAGGGGGUGUCUGGUCAUGUGGUGUUUGACGCCCAGGGUUCCAGGAUGGCCUGGACGCUCAUCGAGCAGCUACAGGGAGGGAGUUACAAGAAGAUUGGAUACUAUGACAGCACGAAAGGGAACCUCUCGUGGUAUGGAAAUGACAAGUGGAUAGGUCCUGGGCCACCUGCAGACCAGACCGUAGUCAUUGAGGAAUUUCGGUUUCUCUCUCAGAAGCUUUUCGCAUCUGUGUCUGUCUUUGCUGGGCUGGGAAUCUUGCUGGGAAUCGUCUGUCUCACCUUCAACAUCUACAACAGCAAAGUCAGGUACAUCCAGAACUCCCAGCCAUAUCUGAACAACAUCACAGCUGUGGGCUGCAUGAUGGCUCUGGCCGCCGUCUUUCCGCUCGGGAUCGAUGGGCUCCACGUCCACAGGGCGCAGUUCCCCGUCGUAUGCCAGUUUCGUCUCUGGUUGCUGGGUCUGGGCUUUAGUUUGGCCUACGGCAGCAUGUUCACGAAGAUUUGGUGGGUUCACACCGUCUUCACUAAGAAGGACGAGAAGAAAGAGAAAAGAAAGCAGCACCUGGAGCCCUGGAAACUCUACGCCACAGUGGGGGUGCUGCUGGCUGUGGACAUCCUAUCUCUUAUGAUCUGGCAGAUUGUGGAUCCCUUGCACAUUACAGUUGAGAAGUUCACGAAAGAAGCCCCGAAAGGAGACCUAGAUGUCCUCAUCCAGCCGCUCUUGGAACACUGCAGCUCCGAGAAGAUGAACACGUGGCUUGGCGUGGUCUAUGGCUAUAAGGGCUUGUUGCUAUUGCUGGGGAUCUUUCUGGCCUAUGAGACCAAGUCCAUCUCAACUGAGAAGAUAAACGACCACAGGGCUGUGGGAAUGGCCAUCUACAACGUGGCUGUAUUAUGCAUGAUUACCGCACCAGUCACGAUGAUCCUCUCCUCUCAGCAGGACGCUUCGUUUGCCUUUGCAUCGCUGGCCAUCGUCUUCUCCGUCUACAUCACUUUAGUUGUACUCUUCAUCCCCAAGAUGCGCCGUUUAAUAACCCGAGGAGAGUGGCAGUCUGAGCAGCAGGACACUAUGAAGACGGGCUCGUCCACAAACAACAACGACGAGGAGAAAUCACGGCAGCUGGAGCGAGAGAACAGGGAGCUGCAGAAGAUCAUCCAGGAGAAGGAGGUCAGGGUAUCAGAGCUGCGGAACCAGCUGGCAGAAAGACAAGCCCUGCGUUCCCGGAGACCCCAGUCCACGCCGAACCAGAACCACAGCACGCCGCCGCCUGCCUCCUCCCAAAAUGACCCCAAACCCCUUCUACCUCCACCCGGUUACCCCCUCCCUUCCUCCGACAACCACUCUCUCCCUGCCUCCUACCCAAACUCAUCCAUCCUCUACCAGGCCGACAGCAAGAUAAACCGUAACCAUUGUCACAACAGCCGACUGCAGCUGCUCUACAAGUGAGUGGGGUGGGGGAGGGGGGAGAGAAGGAGAUCUCUAGGAGGAGGAGGAGGAGCGUCAACCUGGUAAGGCCUCAUGUAGAUGGUUACCUGACAGAUAGAGGCAAUAGUUAAGAAGAAAAAGAUUACAGAGCCCCCUACUCCUUUCACUCUCUUACUCUGACUCCACCUCUAUUUAUUAAAGCAUUAACUGGGAUGUUAUUGAAGACACAUCGAUUUUUAUAUGUGACCACCUGUUAUUGUAAUACCUUCUUUAAUAUUUAUGACUGGUGCAUGACAUAAGCUGUAAUUCAUAUAGAGGAGUGGUAAAUAUAAAGUAGUAUCUGAAGAGACACCUAAGGAUCGGUUUGCCUGAAAUGUCACCCGAAUUUUCUGAACGUGGAGGAUUAAAUAUCGCCACAUACACACACAUAUUCCAGCCAUGCAGAUCCAAUCAGAACACCUACGAAGACACUGAAUUUGGCUUCUUGGCACUGGGGCCUUCUGAUCACAGCACCCCAUUACUGGGGACCACUGCAUGGGCCACUGUCUCACCUUUUAAGCACAUUUAUCAAAGGUCAUGGUGCAGAAACCAAGAAAGAUGAAGGCCUGUUUAUUGUCUCCUUCCCGGUGUUGUCAUGUUUAUUGUUUUUGUCCCUUUCACACACAAACAAUGGCUCAUGGUCCAUUGUCAAGCCGAUUGUUACAUCCGGAAUACCGAGCGACACAGACUGUGGAGGGCGGCCCGGGCUUCUUGCUCGAGGCCCGAAGGAACCUUGUUCCCUGUGUGCCAACGGGCCCACAUGUAACCACCUGCAGUCCCAGUCUUUUCAUCCUUAUUGUUUUUUGUAACAUUUUUAACUAAGACUUUCGUACUUAACGUGCCUGGUUUUUAUCAAUGAAAGAAUUUUCUAUUAAUGUAUAUUUUAUUUUCUCGGGAAUAUAGUAAAUAUUAUUGACAUUUUAAACUUUAUUUAGUGUUUAUGAAUUUCUGUCAGGAAAAGCCAUUUAAUGGUAAGACUUGUAUAAAUAAAUAUGUGUACUUAUAGUAGAAUUAUUAUUGAUAAUAAAUAUUAUAAUUAUAAAAAUGAAUAUCAAUGUAUUCUCCUGCUUAUUCAUGAUUGUAUUUCUCUGUGGCCAGGGGGAGCUGUAGAAAAUAGCACAUAUUUCUAUUUAUUGAGGUGUCUGCUAAGUAUGAGAAUAUGAGGUCUGAAAAUGGAAUGGUAAUUAUAAUACAAUACAUUAUAAUUACAAUGACAAUAAACUGAAAAUCGUUUUUCACUCAGAAA